AUGUGUAUAGCCGCCAACGCCGCUAGAUACUACUGCGAUAAUGAUAGGGUUCAUCACAGAUAUCAGCCCAAUCAAUGGUGGCACGCAUGUGAUCAGCAUCCGAAUCCGGCACUUCGAAACUCACGCUACCUAGAAACACCACAGGAACCGCCAUGUCCUGUUACUCAAAACCCCCCUUUGCCAGAUGAUGUUUGUCCCAAACACCGGCUGGAUUACGGUGAUCUACGAGCCAACAAAAUACAGAGCCACAUUACCGAACUACUCGCACUGGUGCUUGAAGCUGGCAAUAACCGUUGUCUCGCUACGGGAGCCCCGAACAUAAGAGAGCACAUUUUCUUCGACGUCGAACGAUAUUCCGACUAUCUCCAACCGACACCGCGGCCAGGCGAUCAAUACAGAAACUAUGGAGACCAUCCCAGUCAUCCGCCACGUCCAUGGCGUUUGAAUCCGGAACAAGAUCGCUUGUACAAUUAUUCACCCACUCUUAGGAGACUGGAAAGAAGUUGGAUCCGGGACGACAUUGAGUCCGAGUACAACAAACCUCAUCCUAAUAGGGAUAAGAUGACCUGCCUUGUAUUUCAACUUUUUCGUGCAAAGAUUGAAUAUCAAGAGGCGUGGGCGACGUUGAAUGAUCCUCGUCUUCCAUAA